AAGUUUACCGGCUCGGGUGCAAAGUUUCAGCCGUCUGCAAACCAGAGCUCGUCGGCAAACGUAUCUGGAAUAAGCUGGUGUCGACCACGGUUUAUGUAUACGGUAAACUAGAUUAAUCUUCCGGAUAUAUUUGACAUUUGUUCGUCUUCAGAUAUAGCCGCGUGAUGCUGCCGUCGCCGGAUAACAGAGGUGUGUAGAGACGCUGUUAGCAUCGACCGUAUUGUCUCCGCUAGCUUCACGUUAGCUCGUGUUAACACGGAGAGCUAGCUACCGAUAGCUGAUGCCCCAGUGAGCUCGUUAGGAGACUCACUAAAACGUGAUUUAACGUUAACUCGACACUUGACUCGAGAGCAAAGGAAAAUGGCUUGCGAGCCAAAUCGCGUGCGGCUGCUGUGCAUGCUCUCAUUGACUUUUGGGUUUUUCAUCGUGGAGGUGGUGGUCAGUCGGAUGACCUCUUCCCUGUCGAUGCUGUCGGACUCCUUCCACAUGUUGUCGGACGUCAUCGCGCUGGUCGUGGCUUUGGUCGCGGUGCGGUUCGCAGAGAAAACCCACGCGACCAACAAGAACACCUUCGGGUGGAUCCGCGCGGAGGUGAUGGGUGCUCUCGUCAACGCCGUCUUCCUCACGGCGCUGUGCUUCACCAUCGUCCUGGAGGCGGUGGAGCGCUUCACCGAGCCCCAGGAGAUCGACAGCCCGCUGGUGGUGGCCGGGGUCGGCGCCGCGGGGCUCCUGGUCAACCUGCUCGGGCUCUGCUUGUUCCACGGGCACGCGGGCGGAGGCCACGGGCACUCCCACGGUGGUCACUCUCACGGGAACAAGAACAAAAGGGGGAAAACCGGCAAAUCCCAGAAGGCCGGCAAUGGAUCUUCAGGAGAGGAGACCAACAACUUGGUGGGGAAUCACAACAGCCCGGGAGAUGGGAGACCGAGAAAUGAAAUCAGCUGUAAAGACAACACAGAUGUGCAGAUGAAUGGCAACCCCCACUUUGAGGAGAUGGAACACGACGCUGCGUCGCAGCUCAACAUGCGUGGGGUUUUCCUGCAUGUGUUGGGUGACGCCCUUGGCUCUGUGAUCGUGGUGGUCAACUCUUUAAUAUUUACCUUUGUGUGGCAGCCCUGCAUAGAAGGUGAAACAUGUGUGAACCCGUGCAUCAACAGCCACAGCACCGACCACCAGCAUGUCAAUCACACGCUGGUCGACCUGCUGGAAGGUCCAACUAUGUCGGCCGUGAAGUUUGCCGGCCCUUGCUGGGUUCUCUACCUGGAUCCCACACUCUGCAUCAUCAUGGUGUGCAUCCUGCUGUAUACUACCUACCCGCUGCUCAAAGAGUCCGCCCUCAUCCUGCUGCAGACCGUGCCUAAGCAGAUCAACAUGCACCGACUCAACGAGCGUCUGCUAGGUCUGGAGGGCGUCCUGGCCAUCCACGAGCUGCACAUCUGGCAGCUGGCCGGCAGUCGCAUCAUCGCAACGGCCCACAUCAAGUGCCACGACCCCACAUCUUACAUGGAGGUGGCAAAGCGCAUCAAGGACUUCUUCCACGACGAGGGCAUCCAUGCCACCACCAUCCAGCCCGAGUUUGUCACGUUCAACUCAGAGUCUCGAGACUCCCUCUGUGAACUCUCCUGUCGGACUCAGUGUGCUCCCAAGCUGUGCUGCGGCUCUGCAGACAAACCGAACACAGGCUCUGAUAAGAAAGCCAGCGGUGACUGCCAGGCUGCCGCCGCCGCCGCUGCUUCAGCCCUGGAGGUGAUCAUUGAGACCCCGGAGCAAGCUGCAGGCGUUCAGGUGAACCCUCGUACAGAGGCUGAGAUCACUGUCGCCAGAGAGGUAGAGUCGUCUCUGUGAGAUGGAGGGGAUGGAGAGUAACAGAGGAGAAGCUGGAAAACCACCACACUGGACUGAAAUCAUUGUCAUGGACGCUGUUAUCUUUUUGACCUGUGGCUCUGUCGUGGCCCUAACAAGAAAUUAUUUUCCAUAGCUUUCAUUCCCCCCCCUCUGUUAUGACUGAAAAAUACCCCCGAAGACCCCCCUGUGUCCCUGCAUUUGAGUCAUUCUUGUCAUCUUUCCUUUCUGUACACCUAUUUUCAUUCUCUCUCUCCCAGACUCUCCUCUGUCACUCGGCCCCUCUCUUGUUGUUGCCCUGGCAGUAUGGUGGCGAUGCAUGUUGGGGGUUCACAUACCUUAUUUCCUCCAGGACUGGAGCGAGGCCUGCAUGAGUGUUCCUCUUUAGCGCUGUGUUGUGAUGCGUCAUCUCGUCCCAUGGUGUUUCCUGUGCCAAAGCUUCUCACUGCAAGACUGAAGGGAUCUAAAAGACAUCCUCUCCUCUCAAAUGACACGCAACACAUGCAAAUCGGAGCACAAUUCACUCGGUUAUGUUGUUUAGCCUUUGGGCCUGUUGGCAAAGAGUUUAUCUUUGUUUUUAGCGUAUAGGCUUUCAGCAGAUCUAUUUUCUUACCCUCUGGCCCCAAAAUGGAAGAGUAUUGUAUAAUAAUUUAAGUAUUUUAAGUUAUUAGAAAGGUUAUAGGUCUCUCUUUCAAUGCUGUUUGUUAUAUUUAGUUUGGAUGAUGGCAACAUUUUUGCAAUUUUUCUGUCUCAAUUUUUUGGACAGACCAUCUAUGCUGUAGUCAGUUUUUUCAAAUGUGACAUUUUUACAAUGAUUUUUGUUUCUCAAGACUUUUCUCUGCCCUUGACUCAGUUUUACUUGCAGUCAUUGGCUGGAUACAGAAGCUGAAUCAACACCUCUCUCACCUUGCCUUUUACAAUACAAAAAAACCUGCUGCCGGUAUAGCACCAAGUAGGUGACAUAGUGUAACUGAACCUCUUGUAUUGGCACAGUCACCAGUCACAAGCCUGAAGGUUGGGUGUGUGGUGAAGAAAUGAGCACUGUAUGCUAUUAUGAAACUAUUCUCUGUAUGAAUCUGUACUGGAAAGCUUUCUGGUAAUAGCUGUUGAUUUUCAUUUCAAAUCCUCAUGAAUGUGUUCGGCACCAUGUCACAAUCCAUGCUGAGGGAGUUUUUUUUAUAUUUCUAGGACGUUCUUCUAGGUUUGCAUGACCAAACUGAGACCUGGUGUUCGACUUUUCAGGAGCUCCACUAAGAGCUCCAGUUGCUGCUUACCAGUACCUACUGGUAUCCUCCAACAUAACUCAUAAACUGUGUAGGGAAUUACUCAUCUGAAAGCUUUUCUGUGUUCUGCUUUGGACGGCUGAGCAGGCUGUUUUUGCUGAAUUGAAGUCCGUAUGGUGGCCUUUUGAAACUGAUGAGUAUUCCCUCAUCACCACAGAUAUCAUUUUUAGGUGGUCCAUCGAUGUUGUUCAGAUUUCCACUCCUGAGUAAAUGUGUAUGCAAUAUAGAAAUGUAUUAUGACGCAUUCUUACAUGUUUGGUCACUUUUAUUCUGUUGUUUUUAAGACUUGAGCUCUAUGUGCAAAUUGAAAACAAGUAUUUUUUAAUUUUAGAUAUGACAUGUCAACUGAUGUGUUUUUGAUAUACUAUAUAUCUACAGUACCUGUCCAAUGUGUCAUUGUGAAAUAAAAAAAAAUGUCUGUUUGGUACAGUUGAUGAACCCAAAUUUGUCUUUUGCCUUAUUUUUUACUUUCUCUAAUCUUUUCAGUAAGAAAUGACCACAAAGAGGCAAAAGAUAUAUUCAAAAUGUGGUCUGUAUCCAGGGGCCUGUUGUCUCAUAAUCUGUUCAUGGCUGUAGGCUAUUUGAUAUAGUUUCAUGUUGUGAUACUUUACGUUUAUUUGGCGUUCAUUUAUUACAUUGAAUAAAUACUCCAACUAUGCAGUUCUUUAUUGUCAAGAACCAGGGCUUUAAAUAAGAGUCUUAACACAUGAUAACACCAUGUGAUGCCUUAUAUGUUAAGAGUAAUAUUUUGAUAUCAAUCACUAAAAGUGAAAACUGGUGUAACUUGAUUUUGCUUUAACAUCUUUAAUGACUUUUUACUGAACCAAACUUGACUGUAGUUGACUUUUGCCUAUUUAAUACUACUUUAGCCAAAGAAAGGAGAUUAAAGAGGAGGUUUAGGUUUAAAGAAGCAGGGAUUGUGCACAGGCCGGCAUCAUUUAUUACACUACGCCAACAUUCCAGUUUCUUGUAAAAGUCCAACUGAAAUAAAUACGCA